AUGCUCCUCUCAACGUCGGAGUGGCAGAUACCCAUUGUUGAUAUGGGCGGAUUGCCAGCCAUGAAGGUGCAGGGGGUGAUUGAAGACAUAAUUUUGAACAAAUCUCUUGUUAUUCCAUUCUAUUGUGCUGGCUUCUUCGCUACUAUCCAGAUCCUACAUGCUUUGAUAUCAACCUUCCGAAGGAAUGCAGCGACGUCUCCGGCCAGUGCUCCCGAUGAAUCGCAUGUCGAUAGUGGAAGUGGUUUUCUGCAGUCUCGAAUUCAUGAAUUAGGAGGCCGGAGGAUGUUUGCUUUUUAUCUGGCACGCCUUACUGGCUGUAUUGCGCUAUCCAUUUUAUCAGCAAUAUCUCUACAGACAUGUCAAAACGAUCCGAUAAACUUGGAUUCGACAGAUUGGCUAGGUUGCCCAGAAACAUACGUAUUUAUGACAUUUUUGUAUUCCACCCUUUUGGCUCUAACGUCAAUUUUGAUUGACAAAUGGAGUAUAUUGGCGACCAGAUACAAUAUUGUUCUCUUGUUAGUCACUCUUGCAGUAUACGCUGCCAGAGACGUGUGGCCUUUAGCUACCGUUGAGGAGAUCCCGAUGGAUACAGCCUACGGUAACCUUCUCUGGGUUCGAAUUGCAAUUCUUGCAGUAACCGCAUUGAUUGUUCCAUUGUUCAUUCCUCGACGCUAUAUUCCCAUUGACCCAAAGGACCCUAUGCCAGUCACGAAUGACGAACAAACGUGCUCCAUUUUCGCGCUGUUUGUGUACACUUAUCUUGACCCUGUCAUCCUCUUGGGAUAUCGCGUGCCGCAUCUGCGUUUCGACCAAUUGCCACCAUUAUCUGAUUCGGAUUAUGCAAAACACCUAACUAAUUUCGCAUUUCCGCAUUUGGACGUGUUCAAAGGCGCCAAGCGACGGCACCUCUUCUUUGGUUUGAUGCGCGUGUUCAGAAAGGAGUAUACGAUUGUAGGGUUUACCAUCAUAAUGCAAGGGCUCUUCCAGUUCUUGUCCCCCAUUGGGGUAAACCGUAUCCUAAUCUAUCUCGAAACAAACGGCGAGAACGCUACGGUUCGACCGUGGUUCUGGAUACUCUGUCUUUUCUGCGGCCCAUUUUUCCGUGCCAUCGCCUUUCAGUGGUACAUCUUCAUCGCAACAAGGACACUUGUUCGCACCGAGGCGAUACUCACGCAGCUGGUGUUUGAGCAUAGUCUUCGCAUACGCAUCAAAGCGGAGACGGCUGAUACGCAUGAUGGCCCGGGCGUGACAGACUCCGACGUCGAUAUGACGGUCGGCACUCCAGAUACGUCGUCCAUUGCCGAAAGCGCCUCGCCGGAAAGUGAAAAUGAUGCAGCUAGCGUCUCGACGGAAGGUAUCUCCAGGACAGCCUCGGAAGCGACCGUUACCGGGUCGUCCAUCAAGAAAGGGAAGACAAAGUCUGGCUCGACUGGAUCGCCACCUCCCUCUAAAGAGGAGAGGGGGAAGCCAGACGACGCAAAUUUGAUUGGGAAGAUCAACAACUUGGUCACGUCAGAUUUGAAUAACAUUGUUGAAGCUAGAGAUUUUAUACAUCUUUUUGUUUCGGUUCCUCUUCAGGUUACACUCUGUGUCGUUUUUCUUUACCAGUUACUAGGGUGGAGUGCCUUUGUUGGACUCUUUACCAUAGUAGCGCUCUUCCCUGUGCCUGGGUACAUUGCAAAAUUGAUUCAAGGUGCCCAGAGGGUCAGGAUGAAGAAGACCGAUGCUCGUAUUCAAGAUAUUACCGAGGCUGUGAACGUUAUGCGAAUGGUUAAGCUAUUUGGCUGGGAACAAAGGAUGUCCAAGCGGAUCGAAGAGAAAAGAGAGGACGAGCUUCAAUCGAUCUGGAGACUCAAGGUUCUCAGCGCAUUAAACGGGAUUGUAAACUAUCUUAUUCCGACAAUUACAAUGAUCGCCACCUACACUGCGUACACAAUGAUUAUGAAAGGGGAACUUACACCAUCAAAAAUCUUUUCAAGUAUCACUGUGUUCAACAUUUUGAGACUGCAACUCAACCGGAUAUCGUACCAAGUUACAGCUUUGAUUCAAGGCAAGGUAUCGCUGGACCGCAUGGACGAAUUUUUGAAGAAAACCGAAUUGUUGGAUGCGUUCUCGGAAAAUCAACCAUCCAUCCCCGACACUCAUGAUAAGAGUGUGAUAGGAUUCAAGAACGCUACCUUUUCCUGGUCUUUCGAGCCAAAGGAUGGCUCGCUCACCCCUAGAAGCCGUUCCUUCAGACUCAGAAUCAACGAGGAACUCGCGUUUAAACCAGAUUGUAUAAAUCUCAUUAUUGGCCCAACGGGUUCUGGGAAAACGUCUAUGCUAAUGGCGCUUCUUGGCGAAAUGCAUUUCAUUCCAUCUAAUCCCGAUUCGUGGUUUAACCUCCCCCGGGCAGAUGGUGUGGCAUUUGCUGCUCAGGAAUCUUGGGUCCAAAAUGAGACUAUUCGGGAGAAUAUAUUAUUUGGUUCCCCCUAUAACGAGACGCGUUACAAAAAAGUAAUUCGCCAGUGCGCUCUUGAAAGAGACCUGGAAUUGUUUGAAGCUGGAGAUGCAACCGAGGUUGGUGAAAAGGGGCUUACUUUGAGUGGUGGGCAAAAGGCACGCAUUACUCUAGCACGUGCAGUCUACUCACCUGCGAAGAUCCUCUUACUGGAUGACGUAUUAGCCGCACUGGACGUCCAUACGUCUACCUGGAUAGUCAACCAAUGCUUCCGAGGGGAUUUGAUCAAAGGGAGAACAGUUUUGCUUGUAACACAUAAUGUCGCAUUGGCCACUCCUAUUGCUGAAUACAUCGUCUCUCUAGCGCAGGAUGGCUCAGUUAAGGCGCGCGACAAUGAUAUAGCUAUGGCCAUCGCACAUGAUCCCGACUUGGCGAAAGAAAUGGAGUUAGACGGUCAGCGAUUGGACGUGGCAAAUCAAGAAGUUACAUCCCUUGCGAAAAAGGAUACUCCAAGCAAUGGAAAACUCAUUAUGAAGGAAGAAAUAGCAGAAGGGCACGUUACCUGGAAGUCCAUCAAACUGUUUCUGUCUGGAUUGGGCGGAAACUACCCAUUUGUGUUUUUCUCUCUGUGGUUAUCGGGAAAUAUUCUGACUGACUGGAUAACAACCCUUCAAACCUGGUUCCUUGGAUACUGGGGCUCGCAGUAUGAAAACCACGCACCGUCGGAAGUCCACGCAUUUUACUAUCUUGCCACGUAUUCCUCUCUUUUGCUCGGGGCAGCAAUUAUGUAUACAUCGGCUUACAUGUAUUUUAUCUAUGGGUCGAUGAGAGCUGCGAGGGUCAUAAAUGCAUCAUUGGUUGGCUCUGUUCUUUCUAGCACGCUACGCUGGUUAGAUGAAACCCCGACUGGAAGGAUAAUUGCCCGGUGUACUCAAGAUAUACGAGCCGUUGACGGUGUGGUUCCACAAUCAUUUGCUGAUUUGACGGAAUUGGCGAUUUCGAUGGUAACCAAGAUAGGGGUUAUUGUUAUUUUUACACCCUUAUUUUUAGCCCCGGGAUUGGGAGUAGCGGCUCUGGGGUUAUAUCUAGGAAACAUGUAUCUUAAGGCUCAGCUGUCGGUGAAAAGGGAAAUGAGCAACGCUCGGUCACCUCUUUUGGCUCACUUCAGUGCCGCUAUUCAGGGGAUAGUCUCAAUCCGUGCAUAUAACGCACAGCAGCCUUUCAAGGCAGAAUCCCUGAAACGUAUUGAUCACUAUGUCAGGAUAGCGCGCAUGUCGUAUAAUCUGAACAGAUGGAUUGGAAUUCGAAUUGACUUACUCGGCGAUAUAUUCACUGCUUCGUUAGCCUCUUAUCUUGUGUACGGUCAUGCGUUGGGAGCUGCAAACACGGGCUUCUCACUCAAUCUCGCGGUGGAUUUUUGCUCGAUGAUUUUGUGGUGGGUUAGAUUUUUUAACGAAUUUGAAGUUCAAGCCAACAGUCUGGAGCGUAUCCAAGGAUUCAUUGACAUCGAACAUGAGCCAAAGCCUACAGAAGAUGGAAAGCCACCAGCUGCAUGGCCUACAUCUGGAGAUUUGCGAGUAGAAAAUCUAUCCGCUCGCUACUCACAGACCGGUCCAAAGGUUUUACACGAUUUAUCAUUCCAUAUCAAGUCUGGAGAAAGAAUAGGAAUAGUCGGGAGAACUGGAAGUGGAAAGAGCUCGUUGACUUUAUCCCUUCUUAGAUGCAUAAUAACAGAGGGGACGGUGUAUUAUGAUGGUCUUGCGACAGACAAGAUCAAUUUGGACGCUUUGCGAUCAAAUAUUACCAUCAUCCCUCAAACUCCUGAGUUGCUGAGUGGAACCCUCCGGCGCAACCUUGACCCAUUUGAACAACACGGAGAUGCAGUGUUGAACGAUGCUCUUCGAGCAGCAGGGUUAUUUUCACUCCAAGAAGAGCUUGGUGAAGCACGCCUCACGCUUGAUAGUAACAUUGCUAGUGCGGGCAGCAACCUCUCGGUGGGUCAAAAGCAGAUUUUAGCCCUUGCUCGUGCCAUGGUUAGAGGAAGUAAACUUUUAAUUCUGGAUGAAGCUACAUCCGCCAUUGAUUAUACUACCGAUUCAGUGAUCCAGACAACGUUGAGGCACCAUUUACCUCCAGAUGUGACAGUCAUCACGGUAGCGCAUAGGCUUCAAACGAUAAUGGAUGCAGACAAAAUUGUUGAAUUCGAUAAGCCUCUGUCUCUUCUUAAGAAGGAAGGGAGUGUCCUCAAAGCACUAGUUGACGAAAGUGGGGAUAAAGAUACGCUUUAUGCGAUGGCAGAAUCAGCAGUUACAUUUUCGAAAUGA